AGCUGUCGAAAGUGUCGGGCAUCGUUGGAAGCUAACAUUGCCUAAACUGCUUCCGAUCCAUGUCACCUCUACCUGCAUAUCCCCUUCCCCGAUUGUCUUGCGUAUUCUGAUUCGACCUUGCUCAUCAAAUCGAGGUCCAUUUGCCGUUGGACUCUCAGGCACAUGUCUCCCUGACUCUGCGCUGCCGGCCAUAGAUACGUCCUCAUUGAGCCGAGCACGUCUUCCCAAGAUAACGACAGAUUUUCCUCCUCCACCACAACAGUCCAUUAGGACUGAUACAAAAGUCACUUCUACCACCGUCUCUCUGCAGCGGUUCUGCAGUCUUCCUCCAGACUCCCUCUCCCGUUCUGGUCCCCUUUUCUGCCGAUUGCCUACAAUGAGCACCUACUUGUGGUACACGUUCAGCUGGAGUUCUUUGAGAAAGAGCUUUGCACCGUGGUAACACUUGGUCCCAACCAAUUUGCCUGAAGAUAACCUCGAAUACACAUUUUGCAGACAAAGGAAAUCCUGUACCGGUUGACCUCACCCUCCCCUUGGGAGGGGGUGAUAUCCCUACCUUGUCGCUCCUCCCGGACAAUUACAUGUUCGCUGGGAGUAUCUGAUAUUCCACGUGAAAGAGUUCCUUUGUCUAUAUUAUACAACAAGAGUCACCCACGGCCUCGAUGUUCGGAUCGAACGCGUUGCCGCUUCCCCCACCUCUCGCCCGUGAGCAUCGCCCUCUCCGCUUGACCUCUGAGUCUGUCCGCCCGCAGCCAACUGGCGGAUGCCGAUAUAUCUUGCUCCAUCCAUCGGCUCAGAAUCAACCAUGCUCCUGCCAAUCCUUUCAUCACAAUCGAAACGCACCCGGAACUAUCUGUGAAUGCGGUCACCAAGCGUGCUUUCAUAUCCACGAAAAACAACCUUCAGAAACAUAUGCUAUCCUUGAGAAAUUUGGAGAAAAGGUCAAACGUUUGGAGGAAACUAUACAGAAUGAACGAACAAAUAGGGAGAAUGCUUUGACAAGAGAACGACAGAUGUGGGAGAGAGAAGUCCGUAUCUUGCGUGAGGCUUUAGCACCCUUCUAUCAAAGUGAGAAGGAGAUGCGCAGGAAAAUUGCCGACGUUGAAGACAGAGUGGAGGGCAACUAUGAUGAACAAGUCCGUCUUCAUGGCCGUGUUGUUGCCCUUGAUGAUGCCACCAUGUCGAUGGAGAAACGUGUGGAAGAGCUGGAGGGUCUCCGCGCAAAGAAGAGACGAGUGGGUCAUACUCAUCGCUCAGAAGACCAACACUUGCAGAGCGGCCAUGCUUCACCCGACACAAUUGCCGCCACACGAGUCUCAUCGAGCAGUGAUGAGAGAUCUGCCCGUACUCCUUCUUCACGAGCCUUGUCACCUAACGGUGCUGCAUUGAGUGCCACUGAAGCGGAAGAACCUCGCUCCAGUGGGAUACUGAACCUCGUCGAAAUGCCACGGUCAGCACCGUUCAAUGUGCAUGGGCGCCUGUCACCGCCCCAUCAUGAGCCAAGAUCAAGCGGCUUCUUGACUCUUGAUCAUGCUGAGCAAUUGAACCAAAAGGCAGGAUUUGAGCAAGCACAAACAAUCAUUCAGCAUCAUGCUGCUGCUCGAAUCACCCCACCCCAAGAUCGCCCAAGUCCCCCCGGCGACGCACGCUCUAAUCUGGAUACUGCCAGGGCUUUUCCCACUCCUCCAGAAAAUGUACCCAAGAAGGUGCCCUUCAUCGACGUCAUGGUAUUGCCUGUCAAUACAUCGCCCCGCAAGAGAAAGUACCAUCUCGACCAUCUCGCCUUGGAUGUGUUGGCGGAUGUGAGCAUGGCCAGUCCACUCAUUCAUUAAAUGCUAUGGUUGCCGAACCUCGACUCAUUUCCUUCCUUCUACCAUAAUGAUGUGAUAGCCUGAGAUUGUCAGAAUGUCCCGUGCUGGAGCUACUGUGUCUUUCGGAAUGGAGAAUACUUGCCAUGGCUAGUUUUCACUUCAGCAACUACCCAUGCGAUUGGUUAGCGAUCAUGGUUUACGGUCAUUUUGAGCUUUGGACAGCAGAUUAAUUUGAAAGGGCGACGUGUUAUCUCAAAGAACCAACUGUGUUGGACCACUCAUUUCGAAAAUGCCAGGCUUUCAUUGUACAGAGGGGAGCUCCCACGCUGCACGUUCAUUUGUAACAUAUGAAUGAAUGAUAAGGAACUUACACUUUGGAUUGGCUGUGGUACUCGGUUCAAGCUCGUAAGCGACCUUUUCAAAAUCGCCAUGUAGACUUCCUCUCACUUUCCAGCCUAAGGAGCCGCCUGGUAUCGGAUAAGAGAUGCAAGUCAGUCUUUGGGGCGGAAUCACCGGCUGCUGAUAAUACGAUGAGAUGGGUACCUUGUCGGGCUUUGUCCUCUGAGAAUUCUCUCGCCACGUCAUCGAACUUUGCUCCCGCACGUAGCUUGGCCAGCGCUUCUUCUUUCUUGGAGUGCUUCUCACACUGGGGAAGAAAGGCACGGAUUAGAUGUGAC